AUGUUCAAGUUCUGGGUGACUGCGGCCCUUGUUGCUGUGGGUGUCGCGCAGUACUCCCCGCCGGCAUUUGGUAACUCGAGCAAUUCGACGACUUUCACCAAUCCAAUUGUCGAGACAGUUGGAGCAGAUCCUUGGAUGUUCCGCCACGAUGACUACUACUACAUGACAUACACCAACAAUGUCAAUGUCACGCUCUGGCGCAGCAAGUCCCUGACCGACUGGGCAUCGGCAGAGUCUAAGACCAUCUUUCAGCCAGAGCCUAACAUGCCCUACUCAACUGAUCUCUGGGCUCCCGAGAUUCACAACAUCGAUGGCAGCUGGUGGAUCAUCUUCACUGCUGACCCCAACUUCGAUUCUCCUCCACCCGAGGUUGAGAUGUGGUGCGAGUACAACUGCCCGGCUGUAAACCACCGCAUGUUCACCGCCGUUGGUGAUGGCGCGGAUCCAUGGACUGCUCAGUAUCGUUACCAUAGCGAACUUGAGACAUACGACCAGUUCGCGAUUGACGGAACCUACUUCCAACACAAGGAUCAGCUGUACCACAUCUACUCGUGUUGGUACCACAAGUACGAUGGCUGGCCAGCUAAUCUCUGCAUCACCAAGAUGUCCGACCCAUCUACGACUGUGUCACCCUUCUCUGAGCGCCAGGUUAUCUCGGUCCCCGACCAUGCAUGGGAGAAGACGCCAUUCGGCCGCGCGACAAAUGACCGCCUAUCUUCCAACGAAGGGCCCCAGCAGUUGACCAACCCUAUUACGGGCCAGCAAUUUCUCAUCUAUAGUGCCGCACGUUCAGAUAACCGCAACUACUGCCUUGGGCAACUCGAGCUUGUUGGUGACGAUCCGAUGAACCCUAGUGACUGGCGCAAGCAUCCUUACCCAGUCUUCUACCAGAACCCCAGCGUGUCUGCAUAUGGUGUAGGUCACGCGUCUUUCACCAAGUCUCCAGAUGGCACCGAGGACUGGGUUGUUUAUCACGGUAUGAAGGAUCCUACUAAUGGUUGGGGUGCGCGUACGAUUCGCGCUCAGAAGUUCGGCUGGAACGCAGAUGGCACACCGAAUUUCCCAAGGCCGGGUUAUGGACCGUACCAGGUUCCUAGUGGCCAGUAG